AUCGGACUGCAAAAAAAAAGGAGGGAAGAUUUUUUUUUAAAUUAAAAAAAGACACAAGAUGCAGUUUGCAAAAAGGAUCGGUACGAAAGGAUAAGAAACGCAACAGGACUGCAUUAAAGUGAUCUGGAAGAAGGGAAGAGAGAGAGAGAGAUUUAAAUAUAUUAAUGUGCAUCGGAUCGAUGCGCGUUUCCUCAUGAGCCGCUUUUAACAUAUAUCAGCACCAUCGCAUUUAUAUUACAACACCAUCAUCACCAUCGUGGCCCGAGGAGAGUCACCGCAAAAAAGAAGCUAGAUCUGAAGCCAACAAGCAAGCAAAACAAAAAUUGCAUGGUUUUGCUGGUUGCUCAGUGCAAACUGCUCUGCCGACUCUAGGGGGAGUGGCUCUUGUUUAUCCCGAAUCCGCUGCGCUCAGGUUCUCUGGAGGAGGCGUGGCUCACCCAUUUCAUCCCCUGCCAGCGACAGCACAACUGAAAGGUGGGGGCGGCGAAUUAAAAAAAAGUUCCUUACGCAGAUGUUUUAACAUCCGUGGGAGCAUCUUAUUAGUUGGAAAUGCUGUUACUAUUCACAAUACACGAUGUAGCUACUGGGCAUGUAAUCUGGGAAAACGGGCACAUACUUUGAAAAGACCAGAAGAUUGUAUCAAAAGGUUUCCGGAUGGAUAAUGAAAUAAUGAAACGGAGGAAAUUUUCCAUCAGUAGUGAGGACUCGGACACCACUGACAGUCACAUAACACUAUGGUCUCGUGGUUCUAAAUCAGCAACUACAAAGCACCCUUGGACAAGACAGGAAGAGAAGAAACCUUCAGAGGUCUUUCGAACAGAUCUGAUCACUGCCAUGAAGCUGCCUGAAUCCUACCAGCUUAAUGCUGAUGAGUACUAUGUGCUGGCGGACCCAUGGCGACAGGAAUGGGAGAAGGGUGUUCAAGUUCCAGCAAAUACUGAGUCGAUCCCUGAACCAGUAGUGAGGGUUUCACCAGAAUUUGAAAAAACACUCCUGGCUCCCAGCGAGCAAAUGUUGGCGUCACUCAGCAGCUAUGAGUCCUCAGAGUCUGGCCAUAUGGACAUAAAGUUCCCUCCAAGAAGUAUUUGUCGCUAUGACCUUGAUGAAGUUGAUGUCCACUGGUUGGAAUUGGCGAAUGCAGAGUUUCAGGAAGCAGGAAUGCUAGAAGUGGACGAGCUGAUGAUGGAAAAGGUCAUCGAGGAGCUGGAGAGCCAGUGUCAGGAGAACAUGAAUCUGGCGAUCGAGACAGAGGAGGGUCUGGGGAUUGAGUAUGAUGAGGACGUGGUGUGUGAUGUCUGCCGCUCUCCAGAGGGGGAGGAUGGCAAUGAGAUGGUUUUUUGCGACAAAUGCAAUAUUUGUGUUCACCAGGCUUGUUAUGGAAUUCUGAAGGUGCCUCUGGGCAGUUGGUUGUGUCGGACGUGUGCCCUGGGUGUUCAGCCAAAGUGUUUGCUGUGUCCCAAGAGAGGAGGAGCUUUGAAACCAACACGCAGCGGCACAAAGUGGGUCCACGUUAGCUGUGCCUUAUGGAUACCUGAAGUAAGUAUAGGUUGCCCUGAGAAGAUGGAACCCAUUACAAAGGUGUCCCACAUUCCUGCUAGCAGAUGGGCUUUGGCGUGUAGCCUUUGCACUGAACGGACUGGGACGUGUAUUCAGUGUUCAAUGGCCUCCUGUAUAACAGCAUUCCAUGUCACUUGUGCAUUUGAUCACAAUUUGGAAAUGAGGACUAUUCUAGCAGAGAAUGAUGAAGUCAAGUUUAAGUCCUACUGCCUGGAGCACAGCAGUACUCCCACCACCUGCUCUAACAAACGGGACGAGACCCGGCAGUUCACUGCGGCCACCGAUGGGAUAGCUGAGGUGAAUCAGAGUGAGCAGGACUUGGAGAAGGCAAGCCUUAGGAAACAGAAGCUGCAACAGCUAGAGGAAGAGUUCUAUGAACUGGUGAAGCCCGCAGAUGUGGCUCAGGAGCUUCAGAUGUCUGAUGUCUUGGUGGAUUUCUUCUACCAGUACUGGAGGCUCAAGAGGAAGUCAAACUUCAACAAACCUCUCCUGGCUCCAAAAACUGACGAAGUGGACAAUCUCGCCCAGCAGGAGCAGGACAUCUUAUACAGAAGGCUGCGGCUUUUCACCCACCUUCGCCAAGAUUUGGAGAGGGUUAGAAAUCUUUGCUACAUGGUGACACGAAGAGAGAAAAUGAAACGAUCAGUCUCCAGGCUUCAGGAACAAAUAUUCCACCAUCAAACCAAACUGAUAGAAGAAAAUCUCCAUCGAGGGUAUUCUGGGAAGAAAAUAAAAGGAAAACUGUGUGAUCCAAAGGAUCGUGGGAAGAACAGAUCAAAGGGCAGCCAGGAGAAGAAAGGCAAGUUAACAAGUGAAACGCAAUCCUUGCUGAAGCAGUUUGGUUUGUCAACUUCCAUUUCAUUGGAUGGGGAUCUUUUGCAGAAUUGGCUGGCCCAGACUGUUCAAGCUAAGACAGAGAAUAUCUUGAGCCACUGGUCUUUCCACAGUGGUGCAGGAAAUGAAGGAGUGGCGAGCUGUCUGUCGGAUAAGCUGAUGCACGACGAGCAGUCGUUGCUGAGCAUUGGCUCAGUAAACAGUGCUCAGUCGCAACCCCCCGUCACGUUGGAAAAGGAGUCUAGGCACAAGGCAGGUGAAGAGAGUAAGUCGAAGCUGUUGAAGGAUCGAGUAGGCAUCGUUCAUGCCAAGAACCAAUGUAAGAAGCAGCUGGACUACCCAGUUGAUGGCACGUCCUGGCGUGCCAACCCCAGUGAACUUGCUGCACAGGGCAUUUGCACAAAUGGGCCCAAGGGACUGAGAGCAAAGGCCAAUGGAAGCCACAAAAGAGCAAGUGAGGUGCGAAAGACCAGCAAAAAGCAGGCCUCGCAUCACUCCAGUUCCAAGGCAGCUCCGCCCAGCACGUCGCCAGUAAGGAGCGCCACUGAAAUUGGCGAAACAUUGGAUUAUUUUGAAUCUGCUUUUCCUAAACCCAGUUCUUCGGUUCAAGUGCCUAAAACAUCCACAAACUCUAAGUCUUGGGUAACUUUCAAGAUCCCAAAAACGCGAGAGGGCGGCAGAAAGUCACAAGUGCAAAAGCAGGACCUGGGGAACGGUUUCCAGCAGGCCAGCCCAGAACGAGAGAAAAAGCCCAAAGAGACAACGAAGGUGAAGUUGCUCUUCGACAACGAGACUGACGGUUACUUUUCUGACGCCGAGAUGAGUGACUCAGACACAGAACCUGCGGCCGAGAGGUCACAAAGGCUUCAGCAACUGAGUUCAGAAAGCAUGGUUGUACACCGGAAAUGUGGCAGUGAGGUGGUCAGGAGGAGUAUUCUGGCUUCCUAAAGCAUCUAAACCAAUCAGAUAAAAAAAUAAGUCAGGUGGUUCGAAUCCUUACUUCCUGCUCUCACGCUCAUUUCUGUUGAUAAUCUGACCUACAAAAUAUCAGUCCUGCAAAACCCAGCUAAAUGAUUGAAAUAUCAGGGGAUGAAACUUACUGAUCAAUAGUUUUUUUGUAAUGCCCCGACUCUGUUCUCCCCUCUCGAUAUUCAGUCCCAUCAACUUCACUGGAACUAAAUAUUAGGAAGGGAGGUGUGGACAGCUGGCCGAUCAGAAUUCUCCCGCUCCCAUUGCCAUUGCCUCUCUGCCCUACAGAUUCCAGCCUAAUCUCUGUAUAUGAAGUUUUAAUCAGUCUGUUCCAUAAAACUAUAUGUGACUCAACUUAUAAUAAACCAGGAAGCAGUCAUGGUUACUAAUUGUAAUACAUAGUGUGUAGCUUGUGCCCUGAUGAUCUGAUUUAUAACUCGAGGGUUAGUCAUGUAACUUCAUAUAUGACGUCAUAACUCUCUCUGCUUCCUUCCUCCAUUGUUCUGCUUCUACCUGUUGCCGCCAGAGGAAAACUGUAAAAAGACAGCCUUAAUUGAAAAGCAGGAGUGGAAUACACACUAUGUAUUAUAAAGCUAAAUGGUUAACAGCAGGUUCAAAGCCAUGAUUCAGUCUUUAAAAGAGUUAUUCUGUCAUUCAUAAGCCCUUCAACUGUUCGUCUCCUAGUCUGAGGCAUUAAUUUCUGCCUUAUAACUCACCACCAGCUGUGUUAUCCAACACAUUUACUGAGUUUAAUGUGGAAUAUAGAAACAUCAUCAAGAAGUAAAGGGCAUUCAUGGCUUUGUCCCACCUGGUGGCCUGUGACACACUGACACAUUGGCAGUCAGGUGGGAAAUGUUAUGCACCUGUGAUUCAGAUUUUGAACAGAAAACUCUCGUUCAGUGAUAGAUUAAAGUGCAAGGAAUGGCUUGUAGGAAAAUAAAGAAGAUUUUUUUUGUGGAGUUGAUCUUCUAAUAAAAAUAAAGCACAACAUGCACUUUUUAGAAGUCUGGCAGGUUGUUGAAAGCUGACUUCAGAGGCCAUACAAGGACUUGCCAAGCAAAAGGGAAUUUUUUUUGUACUUUUUAGAAAUGUAAAGAAGUAGCCAGAUGAUGCAAAGGAAACUUUGACAGUGUCUGUAAUAAUGUAUACUGGAGUACAUAAAGCAGUAACAAUAUUACCAUAUACUGUAGGUGUGCUCUACACAGGUGUUUUAUGAUGGGAAGCAUUACAUGUUACGCAGUGUAGUGUGGUACAGUAAAUCUGAAUGUUAUCCCCAGGAACACUUCCAUAGGGUUUUGAAGUUUCACCAUAGGAUAUGGAGCUUCAUGUGUUGAAAAUUCUCCACUAUUUUAACAAAAAAAGUUAACCUGAUUAUUUUAAAAUGGCAAAGAAAAUUCUGAGCAAGUUGCAGGAGCACCUUCACUUUGGUAUCCCAAUGCUGUAGAGAAUUUAUAUGAUAUGACACAACACACGCUCCAUACAGCAAUGUCCUAACAGAAUGGACAGAGCUGAUGUAUUAACUCUGCACACCUGCAUGAAUUGAGGAUGGAGUUGAAAUAAUUAUGCCCCCUUUUUUGCCCCACUCCUUGCCCUAUUUGCUUUGGGCCCUUACAGGUUCUUACCUGAAUUGACUGACAAGCUCAAUGCUGUGAGCAGAAUGGGAUUCCAUAGCAUCCAGAGGAUUUCAGUGCGCUUCAGAAGGACAAAUCAGUGCAAGAGUCCACUGCACAGUUGAAUCGUGUUUUUGCAUAUCUGGGAGGAGCUUUCUUGUUUCUCGGGGACUCAGGAGAAAAGUGGGCGCUGCUGUUGCCCCAAGCUUCCCUAAGUACAAAGGAUAAACGUAAAUCCAAAUCUCAAUAUUCCAGACAGUGUUGCUUAAACAUUAACUGGCAGGGGCAGUCUCCAUAUGUAUGCUGGUUACCUCGACCCCAUUCAUCCUUGCCCAUCAUCACUACCCUGUCAGGUUUUCUGGCACUGACUUGGGAAACAAGAACUUCAGCCUUGACCAAGUCUCCACUAUUAUCAUUAACUUCAUUUUUCUCCCUGGCCCUUUGCUCAAUCUGAAUUACUCCUUGCGCAAAGUUGCCUCUGCGUUCAAUGUCUACACUCAAUUUAAAGACUCACAAAGGGACUUCAGUUGGUCCCACAGGCAGCCAUCUGCCCACACCAAGACCAGAAGGAUGCCAGGUUACUGGGAAACCUGUUAGCAUGCGUUAUCUGGGUGACUACAUCCCAGGGCGUAGUUUACCUAAGCAAAACUGAAGCAGCUCGAAGGAAUUGUCAGGUUUUGUUUCACUUGCCAGUCAUCUUGAAAUCCAUUUCUUUCAGGUUGCAUUAAUUUUUUUUCUCAUUUCUCAUUAAAUGUCAGCAUGGGCUCAUAUCACUGUGUUUAUACCACCCAAUCUUAAAUUCUCGAGCUUAAGCCUUUUCAAUGCAUCCAUCUCCCUUUACUUCACCACUAGCAGCAAAGCUAUCAGCUGACUCUGCUAUUCUUCAGAUCUAUUUCCCUUGCAUUGAUUUGAUCAUACUUUGGAUAAAGAGGCUAAGUUUUUCACAUUAAAUAUAGAUUUCAUAAAGUUUGCUUUUAUGGUAAUAAUUUUGACUGUUCUAACCCCUCAACCGUAAUCAAGGAUAUUGUUUAAAGAAAUAAUCAAAGGCUUAUUGGAUACUCAAGAAAGAAAUCUGUUCUCAUUUUAUUACAAGCCUAAUGGUUACAAAUUACUUUGAGCAACUUUUAAUGUUCACUUCAAAACAAGAUGGAUGCACAAUAUGAAUUCUGGCCCUUCAUUUUUCUUAAGCAUGCUAAUUGUCAGGUAUGUUCAUAAUGAUGUGCUCUAACUGUUCCUUUAUUUUCUUGGAGUACAUGCCUUGCUUGGGCUUUUUUUGGCAAGGCAUUCCUAUUAACAAUAGGAAGCCCUUAAAGAAAGAAUUUCCUGAUAAUAUCUUGGGCUUUCAGAAACUCACAGGACUUGCACCAGUCCAAAGCUACAGCACUCCUAGUUAAUGGGGAAACCAUUAUGACUGAGCCCAAAUCUUAAGGUGUGGUUUCUUGUGGGUUUUUCACACCAGCAACCAUGUAGUACUGGCCACAAAGUAGAAGUGUACACAUUAUAAAUAAUUAUGUUUUUUUUAAACUGAGUAAUACAUCAAAAGACUUUCAAAUGCAUAAUAUUACAUCUGCCCUCCAUACAUUUUAAUAUUCUGGAUCUUGUUAACUAUUUUCUAAUAUAUUCAUAAGGGCAGCAAAACUACACUUUUUUCACGUUCGUAUUUACUGGCAGCAAUAAAUACUUGUAGACCAGAUCUGCUGAAGCUUAGAACUGAUCUGAGCUUCACAACACUGAACUUCUCUGCAUUUUGAACAGUGUCCCAUGUAAUCCAGUCCUGCUGUACCAAACUAUGUAACCUGCCUAAAUGGUCUCGAUCCUGCAACUGAUUUUGAACAUGUUGCUGCGAAACUUGCCAUUUCAAAUACCACUCAGAAUUGGUGAUGAAUGCACUUAACUCAAUAUGUUGACUAGAGCUGCUUUUCCUGCCUUGUUGAUAGGUGUUGACAGCAUCGUCCCAGUUGCUGUCACCUAGGCUGGUGGACUUCACCUCUGAGGCUGAGUUCUUCCUAUAACUACCUGGGUGACUUUGUAAGUUGUUGUCAGCAGCAGCUUUCGUAAGACAUAGGAGCAGAUUUAGGCCACUUGGCCCACCAAGGAUCUUGAGAAGGAAAGAGGUGAAUGCCGUGAUUGAGUAGUUGUGUUGUUUGAGGUUUCUUGUCCGGAAAGGUGAAAAUGCCUGUACUUUCCUAAUCUACAAGGCAUCAAAAUUAAGUAGAGAUGCAAUAAUGCUGCAGAGAUCACUACAGGUCAAAGGCAGGAAGCCUCGUUCUCCCACUUCAGUUUCUCUCUUGGCCUCCCAUCCAUUUGAGAUGAUUACUUAGUGUCAUCAGUGUGAUACUGACAAGACUAUUAGUGUACUCAUAAAUUUAUGUCUCUACCAAAGGAAUGAUAAUUAAUAUGUCCAAGUAUGAUCAUUUAUAUUGCUCAUCUGAAGUUCCAUCUUUUUCAGAGUUACAUUGAUGCUCUGUAACUCUGGACGUUGCAUUAGAGUGCAUAGAACAGCGAAUAAAUGCAAGUCACAUUUAAAGACAGUAUGUUGAAUCCUCCAGCAUUUGGGCUGGGAAUGUUGAAUGUGUUCAUUAAAAUCAAUAUCCAUGUCUGACUAUAUAGCAUAACAUUGUUGAUAAUAAUGUCUUUACGUAUGAGUAUUUCAUGAGGUUUUGCAGGAGUCAGAUGAUAAAAUUAAUUUUACGUUGCAGUAUGCUGCCUCACCAUCUGGGCACAGUUUUAGAGUUUGCCAAUGUGAGUCAUUGUCUUCAGUGAAGCACUGGGAAAAAAAUAGCUGCCUUUCAAAAAGGCUUUCGCUGUUUUAAAAAUAAGUCUGACCGUUUUUCCACCACAUGUCUGGGGUGUUACCUCAAAUAAGUACUUUAUUGUGGUAUAAAGAGGCAGCGAUUUGGCUAGAGGGUGUGCUGUACCUCAGAGAUUCAGGUAUUGGAACUGGGUCCCCAUGAAUCUGAUUGUGAAGGUUGUCACAGAUUAAUUCCUGAGUGAUCGUUGACCCUGAGUGGGAGCUCAGAUGUAAAUGAACACUUGCUUAUGAGAAGGUCUGAAAUCUUGAUUCUGAUGUGUUACUUUUUUAUGUUAGCAGCUGAGGCAUUGUGAAACACAUGAUCAUUUGAUAUCAAUAAACUAGACAAGCAAGAUCUAAAGCUGUACAUUUUUAUGUUAAAAAAAGAUUAAUUCAGGAGAAAUGCAGUUGGGAGCAUUGGUUUUCCCAUAAUAGCAAUUUGCAUCCUAAAAUGGUUAGAACUGAAAUCCUCAUUAGACGGUUGAAAAAGUGCCACUAAUGUGCUUUAGAGCAUACUAAUUGCCUUGUGGUCUAUCUGGUUCCUCACAGUUCUUUUGUAAUGAAUUAACUUUGGAGAAUGGAAGGCAUCUGUUACAUUGGUCCAUAGUUAGUUCGUUUAAAAUAUAGAAUGGAUUUGAUGCAUCGGUGUUAGAAAUAUUUCACUAGAGUUUCCAAGCUUCCUUUCUGUGUCAGACUAUAGAGAUUUGGUCUUCCCACUUACCCUCGUUCCCCACACUAAUUACAAACACUGGAUAAAAAGUAUUUAAUAAUUGCAUCUUUCUGACAUUACCAUGUGUCAUUAGGGGGCUCCAUUUCCUUAAUCUUCACCCACCCAAGUUAGAAAACCAAGUUAUUAGAUGAACCCAAACUCCUUUCACUGUGAGUGAGCAUACAAUUCCCUGUGUUUUCUACGUCAAGCCUCCCUGGAUUAAAUGUAAUUUCCUCUCAGUUAAACUUUAAAAAUUAUGUUAGAGGGGAGUCCAUAUUACUGAUUUUCCUGGCCCUUAAUCAAUGUUUCUCAUUCCCGGCCUGAGUCACUUCAUCACCUGUAGCAAUGGACCUUUCCAAUCCCCUCCCUCUGAAACUGGCUGUCACUCUGACUAUUCUGAAACCAGUGGAUUAACAAUCACUUUGUUCUCCUUGACACUGGUGUACUGAAGAAUGACAAUAAAUAGUCUUGAAGAACAUUUGGAUGCACAGUCCAAACCAAAAUGGGGAGAAAGCACGGUGCCUGUAUUCCGGAAAAUUCGGAUUCUAUGUGAACUCCUGUGAAGCACGUGUUUGGCAGUGUUUAAUUGCCAACAGCAUUACCCUGGUAUUUUACACCCACAAAACACAAAAAUUUAAUAAUAAGAUGAUUUAAAUCAUUCAAAUUGAAACUUAAACUGUUUAUUCACAUAGUUUAUAGUUCUGACCUACCAGUGAACUUUGUUUCCAUUUAAUUCCCAUUUAUUCUAGCUUCCCAGCUAAUUAAUAAUUUACACCUCAAAUUAAAAUCUAUUUAAUGAUAAGAUCAAGUUAAAAUUCUAGUUAAGUUGAUACUUCAGGUGUGGUCUAAAUGGUCUAUGUAUUGAGGUUCAUAUCUUCAUUUUUUACCUAGUCUGAAGAGGCAAGAGAAUGGAACAGUUGCACGUAUUUGCAGGCACACAUCCAAAUUUAUUGAUGAAAUGAAAGUGGAGGUAAAUGCAGUUACUGAAGCAAUCAAGUAAGGAAGAAUUCAUUUGGUCACUGAAUGAAUAAAGGUAGCAGAUGCUGUCCUUUAGAAUUCCUAUCCCCAAGUUCUAAAAAUGCAGAGAUCCAGUUCAUGGUACCAUGAAUAAUUUUGGAGAAAAUAAUCCUUACAAUUUAUCUGGUGUAAAAAUACUUUCAAGAUGCUUUCUUCCAAAUUUUUGAUUUAUCAAAAUGGCUUCUGAUUGAAGUUAUUAUAGAUUACAAAACCAUAUUACAAACUAAGUAAUCUUGAUGACCUGGGCAAUGUUCUCAUAAGUACUGUGAAGCAUCACAAGUAUCAUUUUAAUUCCAGGAUAAUUAUUUGAUCACAAUGUGAAAUAAAAUUGUCGUAUAUAGAGAGCAUUAACUGCAAAAAUGCAAGUCAGUAUACUAAAUAAAAGGAAUGACUGCAUAAAGGUAGAAAAAAAAUCCAAACUUGAACUUUUGGAAAGCAAAGCGAGUGUUAUGGACUUAAACAGGAAAGCCUUUAUCCAGAUUAAACAGCAUCAGCUAUGCUAAGAGGGAGAAUGGGAACAGGUUUACUGCCAGGACAGGAAACUAUACCAGUGCAUGGCAUGGUUAUGGUUGGUGGUAGGAAAUGGGAGGAAACAAAUAUCUUAAGACACAGAUUCCUGUGACCUGGAGCUUGUAUUUGAAUUGAGUUUAGGUUAAUGAUUCCUUCUUGCCUGUGAGGAUCCAAAUGAAAUCAGCAAAGAGACACUCAACUGAAAAUGCACAAAGUAAAAGUAACCCUAAUUAAGUACUAAAUUUGCAAUCUUCUUGUUAGUCCUGUACACUGCUGAGAUGAGAAGUGGAAAAUGUAGCUGCUUGUGAUGAGCUUUGGGCUUGACGAAGGGAGCGAACUCUAUUUGGCAUAUAAUUUAUCCUGGCAGUGGCUAAAUUGUCAAAAUUGUAUUUUUUUAGAAUUGCAUCAGUCACUGGGAAAAACCGAGUAUUUUCUUUCCCUGGAUGUGAUACCAUCAAAAUCAGAAAAAAAAAUUGUUCUGAAUUGCUCUGAAACAAAGAUGUUCCUGAAUAGUAUUUUACCCAAACACCAGUAAAUGUGAUGUCCUGUAUCCUGGUACACCUGUUAGAUUUCUUGUGGGUUUCCCUGUAGUGGCAUGCCAAUCCUCUCCAUCUUUACCAUAUGCAGCUGAGAGACUUGAAGCUUUUGUUGGAGGCAUUGAGAGUGAAUUUUAUAUGUGAUGAGUGCAAUAAGAGUCCCUGUAGUCUGCAACACAAAAGUAAGUUGGGAAGUCAAUUGUAUAUCCAGAAUUUAAUGGGUGUGAUCUAAUCUAAUUGAGAAGUUCCGGUAGAGAGAGAGAGUGAGUGAGUGUGUGUGUGGUGAGUGAGUGAGAGUGUGUGUGUGUGUGUAUGGGAUCUAGUUGUGAGAUUCAGGCUGUUUGAGAUCUAAUUGAGAGUUUCAGGUAGUGUGUGUGUGUGUGAGUGAUUGAGAGGUUCCGGUAGUUGGGGUGGGGGGGGGGGGAUCUAAUUGAGAGGUUCAGGUAGUGUGUGUAUGUGUACAUACACACACACACAGUGACAGACAGGAAUCAGAUUCCAGGAAUCCUUUUGGUUUAUGAGUAGUUACUAAGAUCCGGGAGUUAAUUGACAAGCUUGAGCAAUGUACCACCAUCUCCUGAUACUGGGUAGGUUUUAGCCUUGAAGUUGCACCCCAUCUGUUACUUUCCAAUGAUUUACACUGUUAUCCUUUUGGAUGAAUUUAUUUUUGAGCAGGCAUUGCCUGCUGAUGCACCAUUGAUAUCAGGCAGUGUUCACAACUCAUUGUAUCACUGCCUUUUUAUUGCAAAAUUACCUACAACACUGAAGUUCCGAUACCAAUCUGAUAAGCAUGGAAAGGAAAGGAUACAAGAAAGUUCAGCUCACAUCUCGAUUGUGAUUGAUACCAUUUCCCAGUUACAGAAUGCAAAGACUAGUUCACGAGAUUAUUGAUUUGGAGCCUAUUUGAAUGGUCAACUCUCUACAAACAUACUGAAGAAACUGAUAACAUUAUGCGUUUCAUGAGGAAAAUUCUGAACCUUGAAUGGAGUCAGAUUUAGUCUCUGUAGAUUAUUUGUGCUUGCCAUAUUCAUGUAAGGACGUAUAGAUUUGGUCAUGUAAACAGAGAAGUAAGCAUUAAAAUAAAUUCAUAUUCGGGUUUUGUUAGACUGUAGCAACAGUAUGUACCAUAGGCUCUCCAAAUCUUAUUGAACACUGCCUUCUACCGAUGCUUGUUUCAAUGUGCUUGAGUAGUUACAAUAUAUCCACAUGUUGUUUGCUGAUACUGUACUCCAAUUCUAGACCAUACUGCCUGCUGAGUAGUUUCUUCCAUCAUAUGUACUCAUUACAGAAAUUGCAAAAGAAAAAAGGAAUCUUGUCUGUUGUCCGAGUUAAGCUGCUGUCUGCGCUGUAUGUCAAAAUAUUAAAACUCCGUGCGAGGUCUUGACAGGCACACAUUUAUGGCAAGUGGGAGGCCGCGUGUGUCUUUUGUUUCAAGGAAAAGUGAUGUGCCAUUUGUUAAUAAUAAAGAGAAUAAUGGAGAAGAUAUAUAUAAAGAAGAAAUGCUAUUUUAAAUUAUUUUUGGCUUUUUUUUUGCAAUAUUUAUUUUCUUGUAUUAGAGUACUUAUAAAUCCUUUGUAGAGAAGAAAUGUAUUUUCCAUUAGUGCAAAAGAAAUCGUAUAAACUGCAGACCUAUUAAUCUUUUGUACAUUUUCCAUGUCAGCAACCUUUAAAGCAAUAUGAUGUACCAGAAGUUGUGUACUUUGUGUAAUUGCCUUGCUGUUGGUGUCAACUUGGAAUCGCUAAAUCCUCUAAUUGUUUCUAUCUGGAUCUCAAUUGGAGUAAAGUUGCACUUAAGAGUCCUACAAGAGAGAACCUCUACAGAGAGGCAGACUUAUUUUGUACAAAGAGAGAAAAGGAGACUGUAAGGAGCGGGACCCUGUUCACAAAGAGAAAGAAAUAGCUGAUUCUCGAGUUUGAUAAAUUGGCAUUUGUCAGUUCAUUGGCAGCAUACAAUCAAUAAAGCAGUGUUUUACAAGUAAAUGGCAGUCUUUUGUCUCUUUUUCCAUCAAUUCCUUAAUCUUUUUUUCAAAGCCUCCAAAUUAAUCCAGAGUCCAAUUUCCAAGAAGUUCUUCAGCCGUGAGAUAAGAUAUUGAGUAGUGACCUUUGCAAGUUCAACCCUGGCUCCAAAGAGCACUCAUAAAUGCAGUCUCCAGCAAGGGUCAAUGAUUAAAAUGAAUCAACCCGUCAUGACUCAGUAUGUGGUGACCUGAUACCAAGAUUUGGGGAGAGAACUGGAAUAAAUAAUGUAAUAGUUAUAGAUGGUGAUUGAACCUUGGUGAUGCAAUAUUUCAUGAUGUCUUCACCUGUAA